ACGUUACCGAUUUAUGCUCUCGAGGUAGGCAGUUCUCUAGGUUCUGAGACAGCCUAUGAGAGUUCAAGAGCACCUGUUGGGCUGUAGUUUCAUAAGUGAUGGGAAGGGAAUACCCCGUACUGUUCCGUUAGUUGGUAGGCUGCCUGAGUAGCAGACUGUCAGAGGAGGCGACAAUGCGCAAGUGCUCGGCUGCAUUUUACAUUACGCUAGGUUUCGUAUCUCUCUGGACAACUGUAGCGUCAACAGGAUCCUGUAACUGCAGACGUGAAAACUUGAACUUUUUAAAAGAUAAAUGUAGCAACACAGAAGGAGUCUCUGAUUUGGCAUGCUACAUAAAAUAUAUCAAACAUAAACUUAUGUCCAUCUGUGAAUGGAAAGGAAACAUGUCAACCUCAUACACGCUGUACACAAAACAGAGAACAUGUAGUUGUAUAGCUGUACAUCAGAAGGACAAAAUUUGGACUUCCAAUUACUUUGUUGCUGUCUUAGAUUGGAAUAUGACGGCUCAUGUUAUUGCAACCAGUAAAGAUCAGCUCUCGUGCACCUACAAAAAUUUCAGUGGAAUUCCAUCCAUGAUGACAAUGUGUGGUCCUCAUUCAAAACUAACUUACAAAAGAAGCUCAGGCCAUCUGACUGUUUGGGUGGAGUGGGGAACUGAAAGCAAAUAUAUUAAAAACUUCCUUGUUAAGUACAGAGAGUUCAACACUACAAAGUGGAAAGAGGUUUUUGUAAGGUUUUGGAUAGUAAUUCCCUUUGAAGGAUUUGGUAACAAUUGA